AUGUCAAUGUCGCAGUUACACCUUCUACCAGCCGGUGCUCCAGAACUAGUUCGAAGCAAUCAGAAGGACAGAUUCUACAUUGACCGCAUCUCGGCACUCCUCUCUGAAAUAUCACGACAGCUGCUCCCUCUUCGAUCCUGGAUAAAAUGGCAGAGAGAGCUCCACCUACUCACUGAGCUCGGUUACUAUGGACUCACCACCCUCCUCGAUAACCAGACCUUAGGAGAAGAGUAUACAAACACCAUACAGGUUAAAUCGCACAUCGAGGGAACUUCUACUCAACCUUUGUACACUCCAGCUGGUUUGGUAUCGCGAACAUUGGCCAUACUCUUACAAACUGUGGGGCCUUAUAUUAUUGAGCGUGCAUUGGAGGAAAUAUACAAGAGACUUAAUGAGCGCAGUCUGGAUUCCCUAAAUGUAACGGAACAACAGUACCAGGUUUUGGAAAAGACUGUAGAAUUUCUUGAAGAACUCGUGUCAACGUUUAACAAACUCCACUUGUCUUUGUUCUAUCUUAGAGGUAUUUUCUACCAUUUUGGAAAGAGAUUCACUGGUAUUAACUACGUAAUGGUUCGAUACAAAACCACCACCCUAGCAGAUGUUACUGCAUCGCGGAAUACUUACUGUAUUCUCAGCUGGAUCAUCUUUGCUCAAAUAGCAUUCAGAGUGUUGAAAUGGAUCUGGGACUAUUUCAAAUCAAGAACAAAGAAAACAACUCACUCAACAGUAAAUCGGAUACAAGAAGAGUCGCAAAGAGAUGAUAUUAUGGUGUCUACGAGUUUGAAAUGUCCGCUGUGUCUGGAGAUGUGUGAAGCACCGACGACUACUCUUUGUGGUCACGUGUUUUGCUGGGACUGUGUGUGUGAGUGGGUUAGUGAAAACAUAGCAUGUCCAGUGUGUAGAUGUAGCGUUGAGCCUCAGCAAUUGGUCUGUUUACAGCACUUUGAGAGCUAAUAUUUACUUUCCUUUCUUUGUUUGUGUUAUAAUUGUACCCAAUUUUGGGCAAUUUCUUUUGCGUAAUAAGAUAUCGAAAUACAGUACA